GCAGGUCAAUACUGCGACUGCUCCGCCUCCUCCUCCUUCCUUUCGCUGCCUUGCGCUUCGCUUCCCAUUCGCCUCCGCAUCCGAAGCCAUGUUGGAUCCGCCGCCGCCCCACCACCACCACCACCAUCGGUAGCAGCGGCGACGGAGACGGCGGGAGGAUGAAGAACUUCCUCCGGAAGCUCCACAUCGGGGACUCGGCCGGCGAUGGCGCCUCGUCGCCCGCGCCUCCCCCGCCGGCCUCCAGAAAGGGCGGCGGGCUCGGCGGCGGUGGCGGGGGAGGCGGCACCGCGGCGCACCACGAGCAUAAGCACGGUUCUGGGAUCGCGAGCUGGCUCAACUCCGUGACCGGGCGACCGCAGACGCAGCCGUCGCCCUCGCCCUCGCCCUCGCCGCCCUUUCCGGCGGCGGACGCGGUGGUGGAGGCGGAAGCGGCGGCGUUGGCGUCUUCGGUCGAGGUGAGGAGGCUGGAGGACGAGGAGGAGGAUGAGAAGGCGAGGAGGGAGUCGAGGGAGGAGGUGGUGAGGAAGAGGGAGAUGGAGAAGGAGAAGCAGGAGGCGGAGCUGGAGGAGUACCACAUGCAGCUAGCGCUGGAGAUGAGCGCGCGGGAGGAUCCCGAGGCGGCUCAGAUCGAGGUGGCCAAGCAGAUCAGUCUCGGCUCCUGCCCGCUCCAGAGCUCCCCCGCCGAGGUCGUCGCCUUCCGCUACUGGAGUUUCAGUGCCCUUAGCUAUGACGACAAAAUCUUGGAUGGUUUCUAUGACAUUUGUGUCAUUGGGGAUGGGCCCACAUUGGCAACCAUACCCUCCCUGACGGAACUGCGGCAACAACCAUUUUCACAUACAUCCAAAACAGAAGCUGUAUUGGUCAACAGAGCACAAGACACCAAACUUGUACAACUCGAGCAGAAGGCAUUCAUCAUGGCUGUGGAAUUUCGCUCUAAAACUCCAGAGUUCGUUGACCACUCUUUGGUCCAGAGACUAGCUACUUUAGUUUCUGAUUACAUGGGUGGACCAGUAGUUGAUCCAGAAAGCAUUCUAUCGGAUUACCAGAAUGUGAGCAGCUCUCUGAGAACUAGUAUAAGAAGUGCAGUUAUGCCUCUUGGUGAAGUAGCAAUUGGUCUGGCUCGUCACCGUGCACUGCUUUUUAAGGUUUUGGCCGACAGCCUUGCUGUUCCUUGUCGACUAGUUAAAGGAAGACAAUACACUGGAUCAGAUGAUGGAGCUUUGAGCAUUGUGAAAUUUAAUGAUGGAAGGGAGUACAUUGUUGAUCUCAUGUCAGAUCCAGGUACUCUUAUACCUUCAGAUGGUGCGGGCUUGGGUAGAGAAUUUGAAGAUACUUUAUUUGUGGACAAUCACCAUGUUAGCAAAGAUGACUCUAACCAGAUGGGCUCUUCCUUUAGUGAAGCCUCAAGUUCUGUGUAUGGUUCUUUUGAGAAUGAGUUACUUGAAAAAGGAUCCACACCCAGCAAUUUUGGGCAUCCUGAUCCUUAUGGCACAACAACCGGUCAGACUGGCAGCCAGGGCUCAGCAGUAUCUGGUUCAUUUGGGGAAUUAUCAAUUAGCACAAGUGCAAGUGAAAAUUUGCCAGUUAUUCAUGAAUCUAGAAAUACAGACCAUACCAUGAGUACAAAGAGCAAAGAGAAGUCGUCCGCAGCAAAUAAUUCGUCAUCAACUUCUCCAUCAUCUUCUGAGGUGGGUGGCACUCCAGCUGUACGAAGGAUGAAAGUGAAAGAUGUCUCGGAGUAUAUGAUUAGUGCUGCAAAAGAAAACCCCCAGAUAGCUGAGAAGAUCCACGCUGUCUUAUUUGAAAAUGGAGUUGUGCCACCACCUGAUUUAUUUUCAGAAGAAUCAAGGGAACAACCAAAAGACCUUAUUGUGUAUGACACAUCUGUCUUUCAAACGAAAGAUGAAAUUAUAAAGAGGAUGAAUGAGCUUGAAUCUGCAAGAAAUGCUGAAUUUUUGCAUGGUCCUUCGAUGACACAUCAUCCUGAACAUGAACUCCAAACAAAGGCUGUUCCUUAUCGGGUUCCUCCAGAUCUUAAACCUGUUCAUGGGUUGGGUAUUUAUCAUCAGUCAGAUCCCCGGAACAAUACUGGCAAUCCACAUAUGUAUGAACCAUCUGCACCUCCCCAGGAAGAUACAUUACAACUUAUAAAACAAAUGCCUGUUGCAGCAGCUGCAGUUGCAACCGCUGCAGUGGUUGCAUCUUCAAUGGUUGUCGCUGCAGCUAAAUCUAACAGUGAUAUUAAACUUGACGUGCCUGUUGCAGCUGCUGCGACUGCUGCAGCAGUUGUUGCUACAACUGCUGCUGUUAAUAAGCAGUACGAAUACUUGGAACCUGGAUGUCAGUUGCUUAGUUUGCCAAGUUCUUCAGGGGCAAAUGAAUUGAUCGCAAAGGGUAGACAUGACUUCUGGGGUAAAGAUCAGCUUGAAAUUGAUCAUGGACAAAAUAGUGCCCCCGAGCAAGAAAAGGAUUUAGUUGGAGUCCAUCAGGAAGCUGAAAGAGUCUCUGACAAGUCAAUUGGGACUGAGAGUUCAAGAUCGGAUAUUGCUCUAGAUGGUGUAGCAGAGUUUGAAAUCCAAUGGGAAGAAAUCACUUUGGGAGAACGUGUUGGGCUAGGAUCCUUUGGAGAAGUGUACAGAGGGGAGUGGCAUGGAACAGAAGUUGCAGUCAAAAAAUUCUUGCAGCAAGAUAUAUCAAGUGAUGCUCUGGAAGAAUUUAGAACUGAGAUCCAAAUAAUGAAGAGACUGCGACAUCCAAAUGUUGUUCUAUUUAUGGGUGCUGUUACUCGUGUACCUAAUCUUUCUAUCGUGUCUGAAUUUCUUCCAAGAGGUAGUUUGUUUCGAUUGAUCCAUCGACCCAACAACCAGUUGGAUGAAAGAAGACGUAUAAGGAUGGCACUUGAUGUGGCUCGUGGUAUGAAUUAUUUGCACAACUGCUCCCCUGUUAUAGUUCACCGGGAUCUGAAAUCUCCGAACCUUCUUGUUGACAAGAAUUGGGUUGUGAAGGUUUGUGAUUUUGGUUUAUCACGUAUGAAGAAUAGUACAUUCCUUUCCUCAAGAUCAACGGCUGGAACAGCUGAGUGGAUGGCACCAGAAGUACUUCGAAAUGAACCAUCUGAUGAGAAAUGUGAUGUUUUCAGCUAUGGGGUUAUAUUAUGGGAACUUUUUACGCUACUUCAGCCAUGGGAAGGUAUGAACCCCAUGCAGGUUGUUGGAGCUGUUGGUUUUCAGCAACGUCGCCUUGAUAUUCCAGCUCAUGUGGAUCCCACUAUAGCAGAGAUAAUAAGGAGAUGCUGGGAAACAGACCCAAAGAUGCGGCCAUCAUUUUCAGAGAUUAUGUCUUCCUUAAAACCAUUGUUGAAAAGCACGCCUGCCAAUCAACCCCAAAGGCAGCGAGUGCAACAAGUUGAUGGCUAAGAAAAUGGAGAUAUACCAGCUAACAACGUGAAACAAGGUGCAUUGGUCUCUCAUGCCUUCCAGUAACUGCCCAUCUGUAACUAUACCAUUAUUUUGUAUAGCAAGAUCAAAUGCAUGGCUAAGGUGAAAAAGGUGAAGUUUUUUUUCCCAUCCGAAUACAGCUGUAAAUUUUCCAUUCAGGCAGAGAGAUGCCAGCAUUAGAAAAGCAGCCAACCUAUCAAGCAAAAGAAAAGGUAGAGGGGAAAACGGAACAUUUGUGCAAAACCACUGUACAAUAAUCCCCCCACCCCCACAAGUCAUUUCUUUCGCUCCCAAAGGUUGAGUAUUCAUGUGUAAUGCCCCAUCCAUUGUAAUGUUCAACAGAAAAGGUCAUUCUUCUUGAGCAUCAAGCUUGAAGAAGCCCUCUGGCUGGGCCCUUGUGUAUAUCAAAUCUCGACAAAUUUGUCGGAACUGACGAUUAGAUUGCAGGAGAAAAUCCACUUUUUGUACCUAACCAUAAUUCUUUACUGGAACAA